AUGGCCAUGAGCGAGCAGGGGAUCUACACUGUCAGCCAGGACAAGACGAUGAAACGCUGGAAGCCAAAGAUGAGCUCCCCGGGCAAAUACGAACUCGAGGCUGAGCUGCAGGUGAAGCUCAAGGAGUCGGCCACAUCGUUGCUCUUCAGCGGUGGCUGGCUCUUUUGUGGCCUUUGGGAUGGGCAGGUACAGGCUUUCGCCCAGGAUGGCACAGAAGCGAUCCUCCAAGGCCACUCCAAGCGGGUCACAACUCUGGCUGUACAUCAGGGUGUGCUCAUGUCGGGAAGUUACGACCGAGAAGUACGGCUGUGGCAAAUGGACCCAGCGACCAAGAAGUUCAAUUGCACCCACACGCUCGAAGAGAGCUUGCCUGGUUCCAUCAGCAAGCUCCAUGUGCUUGGAAGCUUCCUUUUCGUCGGAGGUCAAUAUGGCCUGGCGAUGCUGGACUUGGCCACGCUGAAGGUCACAAAGCUCUUGCCACCCACAAAGGCAGUCGCGGACAUGCUGGAGUUUCAAGGCCACAUCAUCGUGGCUUAUGCAGAGGGCAACUUGAAGAUCUUCGAUGGCGAGGGGAACUUGAAGUCUGAGACAGCCGCACUGGAAGCGGGACCCAUCCUGCAGGUUUGGAGUCCGGGCCACGAGUGCUGUGUGCCCAUGCUCGUGGACAGGUCAGCACCAUCGUGUUGCCAACCUUUGAGUUCAAGACAGAGUUCCAAGCUUUGCCAGGUCAAAAGAUUGACAGUCUACUUUGCGCCGGGCAUGACGGGAUUUUCCUCAUCGGCUCUCAGGAUGGCACCUUGCAGCUGUGGCAGCGAGUGGAAGCUGGACUGCCAGGGGGGAAACUGGAUCCAGCAAAAGCGCAGAUGCAAGCGGCUGACUAUGUCCUAUCCACCCAGCUAUCCAGCUUAUCCCACUUCGGCGGCGUACCCUCCAAACUAUGACCCGCAGGCUUACGCAUACCCGCCGCAGCAAAGCUACGGUCAAGAAAGGCCGGAGGCUCGACCAGCUGAUGGUGCUCCUCCUGCUGCACCCCCUGCAGCAACCGCCCCAGCUCCAGCUGCCGACUAUUACUCGCAGCCACCUCCCCAAGCCGCCCCUCCAUCUCAGCCAGAUCCCUACUAUGAUUAUUAUCGACAGUACUAUGGCUAUCCACCUCAGCCACAAGCCUAUCCCCCGUCUGAACCGCCUGCGCAGGCUGCACCGGCUGCACCAGCAUAUGCACCCCCUGCUGCCCAAUACAACGACCCAGCCAGACCACCUGCGCCGGUACCACAACCAGAUUACAGCCACUAUGCCCAUGCAUACCCAGCUUACCAGGCUCCAGCAUAUGCUUACCCGCAGCCGUACGGCUACCCACCUCCACCAGGCCCACCGGGUUAUCCUGCUCCCUACCCGCCCCCGCCGGGUCCCCCAACAGACCGACCAAACGAAAGGAACGACCGAGCACCGUCCCCGAAUCGCCGCGACGACAGGAAGCGUCCGCGCGAUGGCCGAGAUGGUCGAGAUCGGAAUGAUCGACUUGACAAGAGACCCAAAGAGACGGCUCCAGAUCCUACCAAAAAGUUACUCCAACACGUGCAAGCGCACAAAGCUUGGAACAUUUUUUGGCUCGAGGCCAUGGAUCCACCGCAGCGGCCAGCGAGCAAUCCCAACGUGACAGUACUCAUUUUGGCGACGGGUAGCGGCUCCAAAAGCCGCUCUUCUUUCGGCUUCUUAAUGGCCGCAUCUCGACAGCCACAGAAGCAGAAGGAUCGACAACGUGAGUGUGCACGUGAGCUGCUUGCUCAAGUGGAGCAGCUGCUUGCCAGCAAAAGCGAGGCCGACCUCAGGACAUGGUGCCAAGUGCCGGAAUCAGCCGAAGCAGAUAUCAGCCAGGACGCAUCUUUGGACAAGCUCAAGGGCAUGAUCUCCAACAGAUUAGCCACUACUGGCAGCAAAGGAUCCCAGUCUGUGGACCUGGAGUUUAGCAAUCCCAGCAGCUGUGUGAUCACUUCCUAUGCAGCCUACGAAGAAGACAAUUCUGAGCCAGACCUGGCUGCCAUGGACUUUUUUGCACCUGAUGCUUCCGCCCAGCUCGAGGAAGCCCAAAAGCUUGGCGGACUCCUUAGGUUGCGAUGGUAUUUGGCCGUUGUGAAGGCUAUUCGGAAAGGAAAAGAUGACAAGAGGGGAGAGUACGGACCUCAGAAUUCACCAUAUCGGCCCUUGGCCCUUGGCGUUGGGUUUGCCACCGACGAGAACGUGGCAAAGGCCCGUGCGCUGCGGGCGGCUGAGGUGCGCGCGGAAGUGCUCACCGAG